AAACCACUCUGCGCUGGUGGAGUGAUUUGCUAGGUGUGUAUAUUUGCCUUUUGUACAUGUGCAAAUAAUUGGACUUGGUAUAUAAUUGAAUGUAUGGUAUAGAGUGCCCAUGACACUUGAUGUUUGGCAUGCAGCCCAUGUCCACCAAUAGAGGACAGCAAUAGAAACAUGUCUUUUGACUUGUUGUGUAUUUAUCCUCUGUAAUUUCUGGUAGAUGUAUCUGUUGGCUGAUGUAACGUAUUUUUAGAUGUUAAAUCAAAGACUGAUGUUGUCCCGCUCCACCUGCGCUAUACAGACAACCAUCUUUGUUGCCUUGCACCAUUUCUGGAGUUCAAUCAGGGUCACUGGAUAGAAUGCUAUCAGAUUACAUUGGAGACUGUUCUGAAUUGAAACGAUAGUACUGACACUAGAUGUAUAACACCCUCUAUUGUUGCCACUGGUGGGUAAACACUUCAGCAGCCAAACCUCAUUCAUAUGCUCACACAGUUGCUUAACAUGUAGAAUGGUCAUCAGCACAGGUGGUUUACCUAUAUAUCUUGCUUCAAGUAAACUUACAACUAUGCCGGAUUUCAUGGUGAACACAAAUGUAGCUUCCAUGACUGGUGCACUUCUAUUUGUAGCCUUGUAUCAUAGACAAGAUGAAACAUUGGGAAAUUAGUAUAUGUUACGUUUGGUAUGGUAAGUUUACUUAAGGCAAAAGUGAGAGUAGGGUGGGUGGGAGUAUAACACAAACGUCAAGCAACCCAGUGGUUGCGUGUUUGAAUUUCAUCAUGGACAACUUUACAUUUUUGGCUAAUUAGCAACUUUAACUACUUUUUAGCUACUUAGCAUGUUUGCUAACCCUUUCCCUAACUAACCCUUUUAGCUAACCCUUCCCCUACCCCUUUAACCUAACCUUAAGCCUACCCUUAUGCUAGCUAACGUUAGCCACAACAAAUUGGAAUUUGUAACAUAUUGUACGACUUGCAAUUCGGAUUCUGUGCUUCCAAAUUUGUUUGGGGAAGGCCCUUUACUGUUUCAGCAUGACAAUGCCCCCGUGCACAAAGCAAGGGCCAUUCAGAAAUGGUUUGUUGAGAUCUGUGUGGAAGGACUUGACUGGCCUGCAAAGAGCCCUGACCUCAACCCCAUUACACACCUUUGGGAUGAAUUGGAACACAGACUGUGAGCCAACCUCAGUGCCCGACCUCACUAAUGCUCUUGUGGUUGAAUGGAAGCAAGUCCCUGCAACAAUGUUCCAACAUCUAGUGGAAAGCCUUCCUGGAAGAGUAGAGGCUGUUAUAGCAGCAAAGGGGGAACCAACUCCAUAUUAAUACCUGUGAUUUUGGAAUGAGAUGUUAUACAAGCAGGUGUUCACAUGCUUAUGUAGUGUAUAUACCAUAUGAAGCGUAACAAACUAAAUGGACUGUCUCGGAUUUACAUGAAUAAUACUAUAUGCUCUGAGACCAGAUUGCAAUCUGAAACUAAUGGAACUGUCCAAAGCCAUGGGAAAUCCAGGACCUGAGGUGAGUAAAAAGAAAAUAACUAUAGUGCAAAUGAAUGUACAGAACCCAUUUCAAGUAGUGUUGUAUACAGUGUCUUAACUUUUCCAUAGCUCACAAACCGAUGUAGUUGGAAGGAAUGAAAUGGAACUAAAAUCUACAGCUAUAAGCUGUACCUAAAACACUUGUGGACCAGCACUAGCUCUUAGAACUGAGGGACUUUUGAGAAGAAUGGGUGUGACUGUUUACCUGUCAACAUACGAUGAAUCAUUCACAUUGUAUUAAGCCAUUAAACAAAAUAAAUGUGUAUUGACCAGGCUUGACAUUAUGGUAGAUACAAGGUUUUUGAUUUCUGCAGUACUUUUUCGUUGACAUCUUUCCAGACCAGAUGAUGACGUUUGGGGGAACCACACGGUUCUGUCAACACCAUUGGAGCUAUCAGUGAGGAACAGAACCUGCUGUAUUCUAAACUACUGUGUGAGCUGCUUAACAAACACCUGAGCAUCGCUCCUAACAGGUGGACUCCCUGGGUGCUGGUGUAAUCUGGAAGCUACGUGCCAGUUUCAUAGCUUGUUGAACUUUGGAAGUAGAGUGGAUUUUUCCAGUGUUGGAUUGAUGUUGUUGCAGUUAUGUCAGAGGCCAUCCUCACCUUCCAGUACCAGCUCAAUGGAGUCAUGGAAACAGUCCUCAAAACUGCUGUGCAUGAGAUCACUCGGCUGGUGAAGUACAGCUUCCUAGAAGAAGUGACAGGGAGCAAGCGGGAAGUUGACGUCUUGAAGGAGAGGCUGCAGCAGUGUGAACACAGAUGAAGGGAUGGAGAGGAGAAGAUGAGGGAAGAUAAAGAGCAGAAAAAGAAGAGGGAAGAGUGCGAGCCGAGGGGGGUGUGUUGGAGAUGUGGUUGUGCUGGAGACACCGAGAAGAGAGAAGAGGCUCUGUUAGGAGCAGAGGAAGGUUGUGUUAUCAAACAGGAGAUGUUCCAGUCAGGUGGACCCAGCACUCUCCGAGAGAGAAAGGGUCCACAGGAAAUGGCCACACCCAGCUCUUCCUGUGUCUCUGAAAGGAUGGAUGAGAGGGAGGCUCAUGUGGUCCAUAUCAAAGAAGAGCCCAAUGACUGGGAGGAUCUGGUUACCCAGAUGGUCACAUCCACAGAUGCCUCCAUAGUGAGCCUGAGUCGUCUGCAGAGAUUGAGCUCACAUGCUGGGGCUUGGACCAGUGAGCCUCAGCCUCCACCUACACUCCCAGCACCAUGGGCCAGUGAGCCUCUUCCUCCAGCACCAUGGGCCAGUGAGCCUUUUCCUCCAGCACCAUGGGACAGUGAGCCUCCACCUCUACCUCCAGCACCAUUGGCCAGGGAGCCUCCACUACCUCCAACACCAUGGAUCAGGAAGGAGCAGCUCCUACUUUCAAGGUCAGUGAUACCCACACAGGGGACAGAGCAUGCUGUGGGGGCCCUCGAAAGCAUCAACACAACGGCACAGCUGAGGGUCAAACCCUUCAGCUGCCCACACUGUGGGAAGAGCUUCCCUCAGCUCCGAAACCUGAAAGACCACCAGAAGUACCACCACACAGGGAAGAAGGCCUUCACCUGCUCCCAGUGUGGUAUGGGUUUUGUGUACAUGUGCCACUUCAGGGUACACAUGCAGCGCCACACGAGGGAGAGGGCAUUCAGCUGCUCUCAGUGUGGGAAGAGCUUCAGCCUUCAGAGCGGCUUGGAGAAACACCGGGUCCUUCACACUGCAGAGAGGCCUUACAACUGCACGGACUGUGGGAACAGAUUCUAUUCUAGAGUGGACCUGAAAAUACAUGAACAAAUUCAUGCAGCAAGGUAGACCUUUGACAUGAAGCAGGUUGAUUUAGAAAAUCGGAGGGUGGGAUAACUGGCCACGUGUACUAUGUUCAAUGUAUCUAUAGUUGCUGAUUCAUUUAAUGUUGAGAGGAAUAAAACUUUGUAA